AUGCAGGCACCUUCUCAGCAGCUGCUGCCGCCGUCUUCGUCUGCAACUCAAAGACAACUUCCCCACAAUCUUCCAUCGCCAGAUUCCGAUCUCGAUUCAGCUUCCAUGGUCAUUUUACCUUCCUCUCCCUCUUCGGCUCUUGUUAAUUCUCCUUCCACUACAACAACCACAACUACUACAACAACAACAACAACCAAUGACGCUGAUUCACAACCCACGCCUAUGGUUGUUCCCGCAAAACGUGGAUACAAGUCUCAUGUCCCUAGUGCUUGUGUCAACUGCAAAAAGGCUCAUUUAGCAUGUGAUGUAUCAAGACCGUGCAAGCGAUGUGUGUCAUCAGGGAAAGCAUCGACAUGUCAAGAUGUGCAGCAUAAGAAACGAGGACGACCAAAGUUGAAUGAUACAAAACGACUCAAUAUCAUGUAUGGGGGAUCAAUGAUUAUUCAAACGCCUGCUUCAAUCAUGCAAAAGAACACGCCAUCCACGAGCUUUUCCUUUGUUCACGAACCUGUGGAAUCAUUUCGUGGUCAACAGCAACAAGAAAUCACAUGGAACAAGGAUGAUCUUAUAGCCACUCGUAAAGAUCAACAUGAAUCAUCGUCAAUAUCACCAACCCCCGCUGCACAGCAACCGCAACCACAGCAACCAUCACCAUCACCACGACAACCAUCAUCAUCAUUUUCAUCUCCUGCAUUAUCCUUUGUCACCACAUCAUCUUCACCAGCAAUACAAUCAUCCUCAUCAUCCUCAUCCUCAACAUCACCAACUACGAUUACCAUGUUUCUAUCGAUGGAAAUGUGCUGUGCUCGAGCAUCGGAGGAAACAAAGGAAUCAUGGGGAUAUGAUCCAAACGAGUUGAUGCAUCGUUCCUUAUAUGGUCUCAUUUCUUCGCAUGACACUGACCGGCUGGCACGGUUACAUCGAUUAUUACUUGAUAAUAUUAUGGAUAUUACACGGCAAUACGGCAAAGAGUUCCGACCAGAUGCUCGACCACCCCCUUCAGAACGCACAACAUCACCACUUUUUCAUCAAAUUGAACCAGAAAAGUUGAUGGUCCCUGCGAGAGGAUCGGAAGUGUUUAUGGAUACCAUUCAUGUCAAGAAACAAUCCGGGGAUUAUGAGCUAUAUCAAAUGCAAGUCUCAUUGGGCGCUGGGCUUGGUGCCGAUUUGACAAGGCCUUCAACAUUGAACAAGUUGUAUAUUGUGGCAGAAUUAAGGAAACAUGAAUAUCGAGUGAGAGGACCUUAUCAAUUGGAUCAAGUGGUGAGCAACAACAAAGACAACGUCAACAACAGCAACAGUGGCACCAACAGCAACAACACUCGUCAACAUAUGAAUAAGAACAAUCGUCGGCCUUUAUCAAAGUUCCAGCCUCUUCCCAGCAAUAGCAGCAACCACAUUAACAAUAACGUCGGCCAUCCAUCUUAUCACCAUCGACCUUUGAUGCCACGUACACUUACAUCACAACCUCCUCGAUCAGGAUCAUUACAAGUACGACAAGGAUUACUGCCAGGUCAUUUUACUACCAAUUCACAGCUUAAUACGGUGACGUUAUCUACCAAAAAGUUGGAUAUUAUGCCCAAGGUGAAUGUUGCCCCGGUGACAGCAGAUAAGCGACAUCAGCCAAUGGAGAAUAAGGUUGCCGAUCGACUAUUUCCAUCGUUGAGUGGAUCUUGUUUUCGGCAGAUAGCCACCAAUGCUGAUAAUACCAUGCGGCGACAAAGUGGAGGAGGAGGAGGAAAUGGCACUAGUUCCACAACGCCGAUCCAUGUUAGUCCAGGCCUAUCUUAUCGAUUACCGCCUAAUACUACUGCAGCAGGAGGUGGUAGUGGAGGAGCAGCAGGAGGAGGCAAUACGAUUCCAUCAAGACGAGUGAUACCAUCAGUGACCCAUCCCACCACACAAUAUUUUCUACAAACAUCCAGCAGUACUUUGAAUGCAGCAGCUUCAGCAGCGCAAAGGACAAUGAAGCAAACAAGUAUUCCUGAAUUGGAGAGCAGCACAGCAGCGGCGGCUGUUGGCAAGACGGACUCGAAUCGAAAAACGGAAAUGAGUGUCCGAUCGCUCUUGUGCUAA